ACUCGAACAAGAUAAAAUCAAAUUUCGCGAUCUAGGGUUCUUGUCUGCAAGGAAAAUGGCUGACUCAACUCGACGAAGAUAUUCUGGCUCUCCUCCCUAUGAAGCACCAUCAAGGUCCAGAUCUCGAUCCAGAUCGAGAUCCUGGUCAAGGCCAAGAGGUAGGCCUGUAUCUAGAUCAAGAUCAAGAAGUCGUGGCAGGGAUGAGGCUAUAAAUCCCGGAAACACACUUCAUGUAACCGGCCUAUCGACACGUGUUACACAGGAGCAGCUCGAAGAACAUUUUUCAAAGGAGGGAAAGGUGUCUAACUGUUUUCUGGUGGUGGAGCCUCGUUCACGCAUCUCCCGUGGCUUUGCUUUUAUAACAAUGGAAACCCUCGAGGAUGCCAAUCGCUGCAUAAAGCACCUUAAUCAGUCGGUUCUCGAACACCGCCAAAUAACUGUGGAAAGAUCACGAAGGAAACGCCCCAGGACACCGACACCUGGCCAUUACCUCGGCCUGAAAAACACUAGGGAUACCGGGUAUCGUGGUGACAGAGGCAGGCCUCGUGGUGGCUCUAGCCGUGAUGACUAUGGAUACCGGAGGCCUGCAAGGCGGUCGCCACCAUAUAGAGGUGGUCGUGAUUACUCCCCAAGGAGGUCACCGCCACCAUACAGAGGUGGCCGUGAUUACUCUCCAAGGAGGUCACCACCACCAUAUAGAGGCGGUCGUGAUUACUCUCCUAGGCGGUCACCGCCUGAUUAUGGUGGCAGAUCAAGAAGGGAGAGGUCUCCUCCUCCAUAUUCGCCUUACAGGAGUCCAGAAAGGAACUACGGUCGCCGCUAGGUAAGUUCAUUGGGUGGAAAAUAUGUUACUGUGUGAAUUUUGGCAGAUUUAUAAGGUGGUGUGAACAUUAUAUGUUUAACAUCUAUUCUAUGGAUUUAGUGGCUACUUGUUUAAGUUAUCAUGCAACAUUAACUUGGAUAUUUCUUCAUCUUUGGAGAAUUCAAGAUUAUUGUGUUUUGUUAGUUUUAAAAUGAUAUUGGACUUCUUUGGAUGU